ACCACGUGGACGAGCGAACAGUAUGCAAUGGAAUUGCUCCAGAAAAAGAUGUAGAUGGAUUUCAUAUUAUCAAUAUUGGAAGGCUGUGCCUUGAUCAGCAUUCUCUCAUACCUGCCACUGCUAGUGCCGUUUGGGAAAUAAUAAAAAGAACAGGAAUUGAAACAUUUGGGAAAAAUGUGGUUGUGGCGGGAAGAUCCAAGAAUGUGGGCAUGCCAAUUGCCAUGCUUUUGCACACUGAUGGACAACACGAACGGCCUGGAGGUGAUGCAACUGUGACAAUAGCUCACAGGUACACCCCCAGAGAACAACUGAAGAUCCAUACUCAGCUGGCAGAUGUUAUCGUAGUAGCUGCAGGUAUUCCAAAGUUGAUUACAACUGAUAUGAUUAAAGAAGGCGCUGCUGUGAUUGAUGUGGGUAUCAACUACAUCCAAGAUCCUGUGACAAGAAAGACAAAAUUAGUUGGAGAUGUGGACUUUGAAGCUGUCAAGAAGAAAGCUGGCUAUAUUACUCCAGUACCAGGAGGCGUAGGACCCAUGACAGUGGCAAUGCUUCUGAAGAACACCCUUCUGGCAGCUAAAAACAUCAUUUACUAG